AUGAAUGUAUUGCAGAGUAGAAAAGGGUUGGAUCCAGAGCAAUUUGUUGUGGAUUAUAUAGCAGCAAAUCUCAAGGUGAAGGUCAAAGCUGGUGACAACGAGAAAACUGCUAGGUCCGUUCAAAUCACUUUAUCAAAUGUUGGACAUAAGAACAUAUCAUUUGGACAAUGGAGAAUAUUUUUUUAUACAUUAACUCCAUCUAGCACACACAAAACGGCAGGAUUUGAAGUGGGUCAGAUUAAUGGAGGAUUGUUUUUCUUGGCACCGAUUAAAGACGAGUUCCCAGGGAUUUCUGCCGGCAGUAGCCUCGAUCUCAUCCUUGAAGGAUGGAAGAUGUCGGCUAAAACAGAUCAGUUCCCAAACUGGUUUGUUGCUUUGAGUACGUUUAGAUUAUCAUCUCCAAGAAUAAUUGAAAGUACAAAGGACGGGAGCUUAUCUUUUGUUAAUUCAUUUGAGAAUUCAUUUCAAUGGAAGAAGCACGAGCGUGAUACGUAUAACCCGUACACACCAAGAGACAGGUAUAUGAUGAAUAAGGCAUUUCAGAAGGUAAAAAGUGGUAUUCAAGUUAUACCGAAACCAUUCUUUGUGAAAACUUUUCCCAGCAGGAACAUAGUUUUCGAUAAGGAUUGGGUCAUUGUGAAGCAAUUGACUAUAGAUAGAGAUCUAGAGCAUGUGCAAGUUUCACACAUACUAGCAAUGCAUCUUGGACUGAAGGAAGUACCAGAACAGGCUGAAAAUGGUAAAUACAUCAAAUAUGAAACGGAUGAAAGCUUCAGCAAGGAACAAUAUGAAAUAAAAGUAGAGCCAGAUUCAAAAUCAAUCAUUAUAAUUUCAAGCAGUAGUAAAGGGGCAUUUUACGGUACUCAAACGCUUAUUAGUAUGUUGGAAUCAUCACACACGUUACCGGAUAUGGUGAUUAAAGACCAUCCACGGUUCUCGUAUCGCGGAUUAAUGAUAGAUGUAAGUAGAAACUUUCACAAUAAAGAAACAAUUAAGAAAUUAAUCUACAUAAUGUCACUGUAUAAACUGAAUAAAUUACAUAUGCACCUAACGGACGAUGACGGUUGGAGAAUUGAAAUACCAUCGAUUCCAGAACUGACCAAAUAUGGCUCACGGCGAUGUUACAAUUUUGAAAAUGAUAGAUGUUUAAUUCCAAGUCUUGGAUCUGGACCAUAUUCGGACAAACAAGGUUCUGGCUUCUAUACUGUUGGUGACUUCAGGGAUAUAUUACGAUACGCAAAGGAAAGGUACGUUGAAGUAGUACCGGAAAUAGAUGUUCCUGGCCAUGCAUUCUCCGCCAUUAAAGCAAUGCAGUAUAGAGAACAAGAUUUACAUCAAUUUAAAAGCGAUGGAACUAGACCGUCUUAUAUUCUUUCAGAUGAUGUGUCCGGUAUCCAUUCUGUGCAAGGUUGGUUGGGAAGUUCUAUAAAUCCUUGUCUAAAUGCGACCUACAGUUUCGUCGAAACGAUUCUAACUGACUUACAGUCAAUAUAUAAAGGCAUACAAAAAUUAGAGCGUGUUCAUUUGGGCGGUGACGAGGUGCCAGAUGGCGUGUGGGAAAAUUCCACAAUAUGUCAAUCUUUGUUACAUGACUCUAGUCUUGAUCACAGUACUAUCAAAAAAAUGUUUAUCGUUAGAGUAGCCGAUAUUGCGCACAAGCACGGUUUAAAGAUCUCGUUGUGGGAGGACGGAAUUUAUAAUGCGACUCAAGGUCCUUAUGACGCAAAAGAAUUCAAACAAACAGAAGUCCUUGUGAAUGCUUGGAACAACAUUUGGGAGGCUCGGAUUGGAGGAAGAGCGAUUGAGUUCGCAGAUUCAGACUACAAAGUAAUACUUUCGAUGGCCACCCAUUUAUAUUUUGACCAUCCAUAUGAACCGGAUCCUGAAGAAAGAGGUCUAUACUGGGCUACCAGGUACAUCGACACGUACAAAGUUUUUGGAUUCAUGCCCAUGGAUAUAUUUGCUAAUGCAGAGUUUGACUCAUUGGGACAGAAAAUAGACUUAAAUGACCUGUGCGGAGGACCAUGUCCACAAACUAAAACUCUAAAUAAUUUUGUUGGCAUGGAGGCCUGUAUAUGGUCAGAAACGAUACGAAAUGAGAGCCAGCUUUAUGAAAUGACUUUUCCACGACUUCUUGCUUUUGCUGAAAGGGCAUGGCAUGCGGCAGAGUGGGAGAACUUGAAGAUACCAAUAGAAAGAAAAUAUGCGAAAAUAAGGGACUUUAAGAGAUUUGUAAAUAUUGUAGGAAUGAAGGAAUUGUGUCGUUUGGAAGAUGCUGGGAUCACAUAUAGGAUUCCACCACCAGGUUUGUCUUUUUCUGAGGAGAAGAGGAUUCUUAAAAUUAAUACCUUUUAUCCUAGGCAUGAAGUCAUGAUAUCGCUUGGGAAUGACAGUAGAUCAUGGAGAAGUGUCGGCACAGAAACUCAGAUACCAAAGGGAGUAUCAGAUAUUCAUGCAUAUGCUGUCUCGCCAGUUUUGAACAGAAAAAGUAGAACAGUUUCGUUACAUAUCACAAACGAUGCUGAAUCUAAUAAUUUGCACUGGAGUUACACGUAUAUCGUUGCGAUAAUGCCACUUCAGUUAUUUGUAAAUACAUGUAUUCACUAUUUGAUACUAUGA